AUGCUGUGCUGCACAGCCACACAAGCCUCUCUGACUGUGAGUCCCAGCAGCUCUCAGUUUUUCAGCUGGAAGUCUGUCUCUCUGAGCUGUGAGGAGGACGACAGCUCUGCUGGAUGGACGCUGAGGAGGAACACAACCAGAGAAAACAGGACUCAGUGUGACGACUGGGGAAGAUCAGCUGGUUCAUCAUGUGACAUUAGCUACAUUUUCCCAGGGGACAGCGGAGUUUACUGGUGUGAGUCCAGAGAGGGAGCAACCAGUAACACCAUCAACAUCACUGUCACUGGUGGACCAGUGAUCCUGCAGAGUCCUGUCCUCCCUGUGAUGGAGGGACAUGAUGUCACUCUGCACUGUAAAACAAAGACCCCUCCCUCCAACCUCCCAGCUGGUUUCUAUAAAGAUGGCUUCUUCAUCAGGACUGAGCCUACAGGUCACAUGACCAUCCACCAUGUUAACAAGUCUGAUGAAGGCCUCUACAAGUGUAACAUCAGAGGUCGUGGAGAGUCUCCAUCCAGCUGGAUCUCUGUCACAGGUGAGGAGGUUACCUUUGAUUUCAGGACUUAUUUCAUCCAGAGAUUGACCUGACCAGGUGGAUUCUCUCCACAGGUAAACCUACAACCUCAGCUCUGCCCACAUCCGCAGCUCUGCCCACAUCUGCAGCUCUGCCCACCCCGACAACCCCGCCUCCUCCAACACCCCCUGCCUCAGCCCCCUUCCAGCUUGUGUUUAGACUGAUCUACCACCUGGUGGUCUUCUGUCCGUACUGCAUCUCCACUGUCCUCAUGGUGUCUUUAUAUCGACACAGGGCCACAGGACAUGACCUGCCAGUCUCUAUGGUGAUGACCCCGUCUACCCAGGCUGAGGAGGGAUUGGAUGAUGACUAUGAUGAUGUCACCACAGAGCAUCACUUCUGAGCUGAUCCAGUGUGUUCAGUGUGUUCUGGUUCUUAAUGAAGUUGAACAGAUGGUGAUUAGGGUAGUCACUGAUGAACCACUCUUACCACAUUUAAACAAAUAAUGAUAAUCUUUGGUUUGUGCUCGAGUCUGCAGAGUUUGAAAUCUCACCACAUUUCAACCCUAUUUUCUCAACACACUGUAUCCUACAAUUACUUUAUUAUGGUUAAACCAGGUUUGCUAUGAGUAUCAUGCUUAAAUGGGGUUAGGUAUAGCCUAACUCAUAACUAAUUUCCCUCAUGUUUAUUAAAGCAUUCAUCUUUCCCAAUGUAUAAGACAACGCUAAAAUACCAUCUUAGUUGUCAUAGCCCUACAUUGAGAAAAUGCUUACUAUACUGCAUAAUGAAAAAACUGAACAAGACAUAUAUCUCAUUUGCAGAAACAAGAAGACAAUAAAAUCAGCUUUCAAAUAAAUGAUAGCCUUUACAAUGACAUUUGUAUAAUUUCAGUACAUUUAAUAUAUCUUUGUGUCCACGUCCACAGUGUAAGUUAGUGGUUCAAAGGCAUGUAGGCCUAAAGGCUAAAUAAUUAAAACUUUCAAAAGUUCAAUUUAUGAUGCUGAUAACAAUGUUUGUUCUAGCCUACUAUGCAAAUAUGCAUCAAGCUAGAUUCCUGCCUUCAACCUGCUGAUAGUAACUUAAACCAGGGGUCCUUAACUACUUUUGUUAAAUAAUGUUUUCAUUCAGGCUUCAUUAGCAUACUAGUGUUUCUACUAGUGUCAUACUAAAUGUUUUUACUGCCUAUAUCACUCUGAAAAGCCAAGGAGCCUUUAUAAUUUCCACCUGUUGUCUAUUCCAUUUGCACAACAGCAUGUGAAAUUGAUUGUCAAUCAGUGUUGCUUCCUAAGUGUUCAGUUAAUAAGUUUGAUUUCACAGGAGUGUGAUUGACUUGGAGUUACAUUGUGUUGUUUAAGUGUUCCCUUUAGUUUUUUGAGCAGUGUAUUAUCACACAAUAAUUGGUCUUUUUCCACAAUUAUGUGAGCAG